GGCGCUUCUGACUCCACGCCCGGACCCUGGCGACUGGUCCUCCAGCCCCUGCUCGAGCACGCCUCUCCUCACACCCGGCGCCGAAAUUUGUUAAAUACAGCUAAGGAAUAGAGGCAACAUGUUCUACACACAUGUGCUUAUGAGUAAGCGAGGGCCAUUGGCCAAAAUCUGGCUUGCUGCUCACUGGGAGAAGAAACUCACAAAGGCUCAUGUAUUUGAAUGUAAUCUAGAGAUAACCAUUGAAAAAAUUCUUUCACCUAAGGUGAAAAUUGCACUUCGAACUUCAGGACACCUUCUUUUGGGAGUUGUGCGAAUCUAUAAUAGGAAGGCAAAAUAUCUUUUGGCAGAUUGCAGUGAAGCAUUGCUUAAAAUGAAGAUGACAUUUCGCCCAGGACUGGUUGAUCUUCCAAAAGAGAAUUUUGAAGCUGCUUACAAUGCUAUUACACUGCCAGAAGAAUUUCAUGAUUUUGACACCCAGAAUGUGAAUGCUAUUGAUGUUUCAGAACACUUUGCUCAGAACCAAAGCAGACCAGAGGAAAUCACACUUAGAGAAGAUUAUGGUAAUGACCUACUUUUCCAAGCUGGAAGCUUUGGGGAAGAACCUGAAAUUCUCAGAAGACAUAGCUUCUUUGAUGACAACAUAUUGCUGAAUUCCAGUGGUCCUCUAGUUGAACAUAGUUCUGGAAGCCUUGCUGGAGAAAAGUCUCUGUUCUAUGACAGUGGAGAUGGAUUUGGAGAUGAAGGGGCUGCAGGAGAGAUGAUUGACAAUCUACUGCAAGAUGAUCAGAAUAUCCUGUUAGAAGACAUGCAUUUGAGCAGAGAAAUUUCUCUGCCUCCUGAGCCUCCUGAUACUAUAGUGGUGGAACCAGAUAAUCCAGAGUAUAUAUGUCUACCUGAAAAUGGAAAAAUGGAUGACAUAUUAUCAAAUGAAGAACAAGGAUUUACCCUUGACCCAAUUGAUGCUUCAGACUUUGCUGAGAAGAGAAAAGGCAAAAAGAGGAAAUUGCUCAUAGAUCCAAUCAAGGAGAUCAGUAGCAAAAUUAUGCAUAAACAGCUUACUUCCUUUACGGACACACUCAUGGUUUUGGAACUUGCACCUCCUACCCAAAGACUGAUGAUGUGGAAGAAGAAGGGAGGAGUGGACACACUUCUGUCAACUGCUGCCCAGGAUUUGACUCAUGCUGAACUGAAAAUGUUGUUUACAAAAUGCUUUCUGUCCUCUGGCUUUAAACUUGGAAGAAAAUUGAUACAGAAGGAAUCAGUAAGGGAAGAAGUGGAAAGCAAAAACAUAAUAGAGACCUCUGUGAUGGAAGAACUAAAUUCUCAGCGAGACUUAAAUCAAUCCAAAAUGUGGAAGGAUGUGAUUGAUGGAUCUAACUGUAGCUCUCGUGAGGAUAUCAAUAAAAAUACUAGUUCCGAGCAGGAUAUUGUUGAAAUGGUAUCUUUAGCUGCUGAGGAAUCCUCUUUAAUGAAUGCCAUCUUAGCACAAGAAAAUGAGACUUGUACAGUGGAGUUGGAGUCAUCGGAGAAUGAACAUAAUACUGAGACAGAGAGAUGGAAUCGAAGAAUUCUUCAGAUCUUACAUAGUUUGAGGGAAUCCAACAAGAUGGGAAUGCAGUAUUUUAGUCUGAUGAAACUCUGCAGAAAUAGUGACCGAAAACAGGCUGCUGCCAAAUUUUAUAGCUUUCUUGUCCUAAAAAAACAGCAGGCGAUUGAGCUGAGCCAGAGUACUCCCUAUGCAGAUAUUAUAGCUACAGUGGGACCAAUGUUCCAUAAAAUGUGAAGGAAAUCCAGAACAGGCAGAUUUAUGUAAUCAUUGGAAUUUCUGUGUAGACCAUUCAGUUUAAUGCAGAAGCUGUCUGGAAGUAGCUUAAAGUCUGAUCCAUUUCAUAUACAGGCUGACUCCUAUUUCCCCUUUGUAAAUUCAGAAUGAUCAUAGCCAGAAUUGGAAACCUCUGUGCUGACAGAAAUACUUAAUUGUAGCUGAGUAAUAUUUUUAACUUAGCUAACUUGAAUGUAUAGUAUUUACCAUUUCCCUGACUUGAAUGUUGCAUUUAGAAUACAUUUUUAAAAUACUAUGUGCCUUCAAGAAACAUUUAAGGAUAUUUUCUAAAAGCCAUUUUACAUUGGAUCAUUUACAUAAAUUGUAUAGGAGUAAUUAAUAAUUAAUACUCCCUUACUUCCCUGCAGACAAUAAUUUAUUUGAUUCUAAUGCAGACCAUCCUUGAUUUGACCUAACACUGUGGUUUUUAAUCUAAUGUCUUAAUUUAAAGGUUCUAAAAUUCAUCUUUGUUUUAAAUUAUCUGAGUGGAUUUUAGUCUAUUUAUAGGUCAUUUAACAUUUUUAUUUAUUAUUUAAUGAUUAUUAUAACUACCAUUCAUGUAUCAACAAAACUAAGUCUUCUUAUGUUAA